UCUAACCGCCUGUUGAUGUGGUACUGUCAAAUCUGUGAAAAUUUUAAUAGGUUUUCCUCUGUACGCUCUAAAUUGCUGUAUUUACCUCCUUUUAUAGCACUCAAAUUAUUAAUUUUAUGUGAUUCUCGAAGCUAAACUCGAAGAUUAGGGGUUCCGGUCGACAGUGGAAGUGGUUUGACCGCUGCUGGGUUUUUUCCCAUGCGAUAAACGAUGACCAACCCAAACUCGCGUUGCAUCAAUCUCGUCAUCUGCAGUGGCAGCCGCACUUCGUCAGCUAAUUAUUAACUUGUUCAAUUGUGUUGGCGUUUAUGUUUUUGUUUAGUACCAGUGUGUUUUAUGUUUCAAACCAAAAGUUAAAAUCAAAAAGUUAUGAACAGCAGCAGUAACGACGGAGGUUCUUCGUUCUGGAAAAAUAAUUCUGGCCGAAUUCCGGGAAGACCCACGAUGGCCACAAGAAUGGCACCCGGUGGAGGAGUACGCAGUGGUUCAGGUGGUUCGACUUCCGGUGCAACCGGUAGUAACUCUUUCCAGGACUACCAGGAAUCAGUGAGCGAUGCCUGGGACUUGGGUGAUGACGAAUUUUGCAUCAUUUCCACCGUAGUGGACACACCCCGAAUAUCUAAGAAAGUUUCCCAAUCGGCGGCGUUGAAUGUCAUCAAGACUCACAAAAGCGGUGGCGAGAGGAACCGCACGGGAGAGGCUGCGAUGAUGCAAAGAUCUGCUGCUCCCGAGAUGGAAAGUGUGGCGAAUUCGCAAAGCAGCAACAGCACGGUAGCCGUAGCGGAAAAUCUUGAUAGUCUGAAAAUAACUCGAAGCGUACGUGCGAAUGAUGAGCGGAAUAUAAUGCAACAACAGCUGAAACAGACUGCGCUGAACAAUAUGAAUGACCACAGACUGCGUCAAAGGUUUCAUGCCUAUCCAGGCCGUCCGCAGUUGCUAAAACUUUCGUCCAACGUAGCCUCGAAAGAUGUGGAGUGUGAAUCUAAGUACGAAAAGUUUACUAAUAUCCUCGACGCUCCUCUCCUGAAUCUGAUUGCAUUGAAGGAGCUUAGCUGGUCUGGGAUACCGCGAAAAAUGCGCGCUGUCACCUGGCGUUUGCUGUCCGGAUAUCUGCCAACAAGCUUAGAGCGACGUAACACCGUCCUUGAGCGAAAGCGACUAGACUACCAAAAGCUGGUUCAACAGUACUUCCACGUGGACAAUCGGGAUGAAAUUCAGCAGGACACCUACCGACAGAUUCACAUAGACGUUCCUAGAAUGAACCCACACGUGGCCCUUUUCCAGCAGAAGCUGGUGCAGGAAAUGUUCGAACGAAUUCUUUUCAUCUGGGCCAUUCGUCAUCCAGCGUCUGGCUACGUACAGGGAAUUAAUGAUCUCGUGACACCUUUUUUUAUAGUGUUUCUCCAGGAAUCGGUCGGAGCUGAUCACUACCAACUAGAUAAAGAUCUGGAACAGUGCCAAUUGGGAGAUCUUCCCCUAGAGCAGCGGGACAUUAUUGAAGCGGAUGCCUUUUGGUGUUUAUCAAAAUUUUUGGACUGCAUACAAGAUAAUUAUAUUUUUGCUCAGCUGGGUAUACAGGAGAAAGUGAACCAGCUGAAAGAACUUAUCCAACGGAUUGAUGGAACCCUCCACAGGCAUCUGCAGACACACGGAGUGGACUAUUUGCAGUUUUCCUUCCGCUGGAUGAACAACUUGCUAACCCGCGAACUGCCACUAUAUUGCACGAUUCGGCUGUGGGACACCUAUCUAGCGGAGUCCGACGGCUUUGCCGUGUUUCAGCUGUACGUGUGUGCCGCCUUUUUGUUGCACUGGCGCGAACAAUUGCUGCAAGAAAAGGAUUUUCAGGAAGUUCGGCUACAUAGGGAUGUGAAAUGAAAAUCUAAAACCGAAAAAAGUGAAAAAUAUGUCCAAUUUCAAAUGCUAAUACAUCGGUUAGUAUUCGAUGGAUUUCCUUCGUUCUUGUAGCAAUAGAUUGGAAAAUCUUCCAAGAUUCUCCCCAAAAGAAGAUAAUUGAAAUUUUAUUGUGGAAAUGCGAGCUGCAACGAAUAAAAAACGCGGCGUUUAUCGAAAAUCUUAGUUUAUUAUCUUUGAGCAAUCAAACACGCGUCCGUAGCUUAGGGUUACAACUCGAAGACUGCUGCUCUCUCUUUCUUCUCUGGAGAUGGAAAUGUUAGUGAUGGUUGAAUUUAUAGACUGGGAAAAAUCUAUCGCCACAUGUGCCCCCCCAGUUACACCAAGAAACGAACACGGUGUCCACUUGGUGUGACUAAUGUACGUCGAUCGUCCUGAGGAUGUUCUAGAAGGCUUUCAGCGCAUAUAUGAGCCGGCUUAAUCCGAUUAAUUGAAACCGUCACCUUUUUUCCCGAGAUCAAAAUAUCGAAACAUUUCUCGUUCCUCGCUAUCACCUUGUAGGGUCCUUCGAAGGGUUGCUGGAGUGGUUUUUUGACAGCGUCUACGCGAAUGAAUACAUGGCUGCAGUCCUUCAGUUUUGGAUGCACGAACGCUUUUUCAUUUGUGUGGCGAGAUGCUGCGGGCGCUUUAAGAUCCGCGAAUGUUUUGUGUAGUUUAGCAGCUAGUUCAGUGCGAUCGAUGUUACUUGCCGGUAAAUCAUAGAAUUCGCCGGGAACUCUAAGCGCUUGACCGUAUACCAGCUCUGCAGAUGAACACUUCAGAUCCUCACGAUAAGCAGUUCGAAGACCGAGCAGAACCAAUGGGAGCCGAUUAUGCCAUUCUUUAGCGUCGGUACACAUGAUGGCGGCUUUCAACGUGCGGUGGAAUCUCUCCACCAUUCCAUUCGCUUGCGGGUGGUAAGCUGUCGUAUGAAUAUGGUGGACUCCCAAUAAUCGAGCUAAUUCCUUGAACAGCUCGGGCUCGAACUGUCGUCCUUGAUCGGUGGUAAUCGUUUCAGGGGUACCGAACCGCGAAAUCCAACUAGCAUAAAGCAUAAAAGCGACUGUUGGUGCAGUCAUAUCGCUCAAAGGGAUGGCUUCUGGCCAGCGCGAAAAUCGAUCAAUUAUCGUUAGCAAGUAUCGGUAAUUUUGAGAGGGCGGUAAAGGACCAACCAGGUCUAUGUGGAUGUGACGGAAACGUGCGUUAGGAGUCACAAAUGUUGAAAGGGGAGCAACGGUAUCACGUGAAAUCUUUGAACGUUGGCAUUGCAGGCAUGUUUUUACAUACUGAUUGACAUCUUUGUUCAUUGAUGGCCAAACGAAUCGAUCUGCUAACAAUUUCCGUGUUGCUUUAGCUCCAGGAUGCGCAAGGCCGUGUAGCUGGGACAAAAUAUGGACUCGGUGACGCUCAGGAAUGUACGGGCGAACUCGAUUUGGUCCUGAAACAUCACAAAAAAUCGGUUUAGUUAAAUAAGGUAAUUUUCUCGGUUCCAGCUUUAAGCCGGUAGCUGGGGAUUUUUUUAAUUUAAGCAGUUGCUCGUAAUUUUCUUGAUCCUGGGCUAUAGCGUUAUAGUCGAUACUUGCAACAACGGUUUCUAAUCUCGAUAAGGUAUCUGCUGCAAUAUUAUCCUUGCCAUUGAUGUGGCGAAUAUCCGUGGUGAACUCUGCCACAUAGCGCAGAUAGCGCUCUUCGUGUGGCAAACGACUACUAGGGUCACUAUUUAUUGCACAAGUGAGAGGAAAAUGGUCAGUGUAGAUAGUAAAUUGACGUCCUUCGAUUAGAUAUCUAAAAUAUUUAACAGCAAGUUUCAUUGCCGUUAACUCACGACCAAACGUUGAAUACUUCUGCUGGCUUGACGAAAAUUUGGUUGAAAAAAAUCCUAGGGGACGCCAAGCGUUUCGAUCAAACUGCUGAAGAACUGCCCCUGCUGCAAAAUUUGAAGCAUCUACCGUUAAAGCCAUUGGCUUCGAGGCAUCAGGGUAAUGCAACAGAGCAGCGUUUGCAAGAGCUUGCUUGCAUUUCAUAAAGUCCUGCUCUGACUGUUCAUCCCAGCUAAUCUUUCUAAUAUCGUUUUUUUCUGUUAUCGGGGAUCAGGUUUCGAAGGUUUCCCUGAACUUCGACAGCGUGUGGUAUGAAACGUUUGUAUACAUUUACUAGUGCAAGAAAACGACGCAGAUUUUUUACGGUAACAGGAGUGCUGUAUUCUAGAACUACUGCAACUCGUGACGGAAGCGGUCGGAUUCCUGAUUUGUUAAUCGUGUAACCCAGAAAUUCUACUUCUGGCUUUGCGAAGUGACAUUUAUCUGCAUUUAUCACCAGCCCGUUUUUCUUCAGUCGUUCCAUGACUAUGCGGACGUGACAUAUAUGCUCUGUUUCAUUUGCUGAAGCUAUACAGACAUCGUCUAUAAACACAAUGACGAAGUCCAGGUCCCCGAACAAUUUAUUCAUGAAGCGUUGAAAAGUUUGGCUUGCAUUGCAGAGGCCAAAUGGCAUCCGCGUAAAUUCGUAGAGACUAAACGGAGUGAUAACUGCCGUUUUUGCGAUAUCGGAUUCCUCCACUGGUAUAUUAUGAUACGCUCUCACUAAGUCGAGAGUAGUGAAUGUUGCCUUACCUUCAAAACGAUUAAGCAGAUCGUGGACGUGAGGUACUGGGUAUCUGUCUGGAACGGUCGCUUUGUUCAGUCGUCGAUAGUCUCCAACACAAUGAAGUGGGCUGGCCCAGCUACUACUCGAUGGUCGGCAUAUCCCAAGUUCACACAUUGUCCGAAACUCCUCUCUGGCUGCUCUCAGCUUUUCAGGAUGCAUUCGCCUGACUUUCGAAGCUAUUGGCGGGCCUUUUGUGACGAUAUGGUGCGUGACAUCAUGUUUUACUUCACGCUGAACAGUAGAUGGUACGAGGAUUUCGCGAUAGUCAGCCAAAAUAUUCCUCAUUGGAUGAUGCGCGUCGAUAGUUUUAAUUCCGUAAACUUUUGCCGGCACAAGAUCUCCAGUCGCGCGAAUCUUGGUUGCACCAUCCACCAUCUGCCGAUUUUUCAAAUCCACCAAAAGACCAAAAUGCGAUAAAAAGUCGGCACCGAUGAUCGCCUUCGUUACGUCCGCAACUAAAAAUUUCCAAGUUAAACGACGACGUAAACCGAGAUCGACUGAAAUAUAUUUGCUAGAGUAUGCGUUGAUUUUUGUUCCAUUUGCAACGUGCAAUGAGAACGGAAUUGGUCCAGACAGUUUUUCAUGCCGUGUCGCUGGAAUGAUGGAAACGUCGGAGCCCGUGUCUAUGAGAAACCUGGUGUUGCUUGUUCUGUCAUAAAUGACCAAACGACGACUUUGCAUUAUAUCUUCACCCACUUGCGCCGAUUCAAGCGGGUGUUCCCUUAGUUUUUUUGACGAUGAAAAACACACGGUUCGCGGCAAUAUUGCGCACGAGCGCCAUAAUUACGAUGAUACCAACACAUAGUUUCUGUUUCCGUAGCAUUCCUGUUUGGAACGAAACGACUCCGGCUUCUUCGCGGGCCUGUUUUGAGGCGGCGAAUUUCGGCGGAUAGGACUUCGAUUUCAUCCCUCAAAGUAACGAUUACUGCAGCUGAGGUAGCCGAUGAUGACGCGUUCACGAUUUCGACACUGCUGGACGACGAAUCCACCAUUUUAUCCGCCAUCUCUGCCAAUUUCAAAAGACUGCCAUCACUUAUGCUUAGCACAGCUCGUACGCUCACGGGCAAACGCUUCAAAAAAAACAUUUUUAUUAAUUUUUCGUCUACGUUAAGUCCAACGGCUAUUUCUUGCAUUCGAGCGAGCAAAUGCGUUGGUCGCAAAUCUCCCAAAUCACACGAUCCAAGCAACUGUUCCAAUCGAGCUUGGGAGGAAAGAGCAAAACGUGCAAUAAGGCGUUCUUUUAUAGCGUUAUACUUGUCUCUAGCUGGUGGAUUUGCGACCAGAUCAGAUACAUUGCAUAUCACACUUUGAUCGAUCUUGGCGAUGAUAUGCCAGAAUUUCGUUUCGUCUUUAGUAAUUUGUGCCAAGUAGAACUGAGCCUCUGCUUGGGCAAACCACAUGUGAGGAUCACUUUUCCAGAAUUCGGGCAGUUUUACAGCGACUGCGGCUGCCGCUUGCGGCAAUUGUGGUUCGUCUUGUUCAGAAUUAGACAUUUUGAGGUUAUAAUCGUGAAAUGACGCUUCCCGUUUUUGUUGGAAUAAACCGACGAUUUUAUCGAUUUAGCGAUUUAUAACUCGCGUCGGGGUCACCAAUUGUGGGAAUGCGAGCUGCAACGAAUAAAAAACGCGGCGUUUAUCGAAAAUCUUAGUUUAUUAUCUUUGAGCAAUCAAACACGCGUCCGUAGCUUAGGGUUACAACUCGAAGACUGCUGCUCUCUCUUUCUUCUCUGGAGAUGGAAAUGUUAGUGAUGGUUGAAUUUAUAGACUGGGGAAAAUCUAUCGCCACAUUAUUAUUCGCACUAUUGUACCAUUGAAAAUAGUCAAGCCUUGUCAAAACGAAAAAUUCGACCUCUGAUUGGUCGUUAUAUGAUUGCUUCCCAAGCACGGUCGACAGAAUCAUAUACCUUGCAAUUGAAAACAUGCUAUUUGGCCUAUAUAAGAGCCUGUUUCAGCCGAAGCAGCUCAUAAUAGUUCUAGACAACGACAACAGCAGUCGUCCUUCCUUAGCAGCAGCACUAGCCCUGUGGUUGGUCACCACGUCUCAGGCCUCUGCCAGGCUGAACGCGAGCGAUCGGGCGAGAUUUUUGCCGUAUACCAGCCGGCACUUCCUCUAAUGGAAAAGUUGGAUCAUUUUGUUCAGAAGAAUAUAACUGUCGGUAAUAUUACAGAGCUGCGAUUGCAUUAUACCCGAUAUGGAAUUGAACAAUUGUUCUUUUGAGGACAAAUAAAACACUUACUUUGAAGAGUUAAUAGCUUUGGGUACCAGUAGCAGUAUGGUAGCAGCCUCAGCGGUAAGUGCAGCCGGUGUUUCCCUGAGGCCGAUGUUAUAAGGAAGUAAAUGGAAGCGGCACGGCGAAACAGUUCGGGUGUGCUUAGACGCGCGUCAUUUUUCAUUGUUGAUAUUAUUCCCCACAUGAAACGACGCACUUUCGUACGAUAGCGGCGGUAUUAGCGGUAGAUGCAUUUGCCAACACUUACUCCAGUAAAGCCGUGUCUAAUUUUCAAUGUGAAAACACCUUUCUAUUGUGUAAACGCGAAAAGCGGCGCGAACCGAUUCGCCCGGCCGUAGGUUAAUGUACAGCCGUAAGUAGAGCUGUGUAAAAGUAUUCUACUUCUACCUUGCGGUCGUGGCUUUGAACACAACCCUCCUGUGAUUUUUUAAUUCGAUUCUCCCUU